AUGUCUUCCGGGCAUGGAGACGCAAAACUUUUCGCUCGGGUAAGUUCCAUGUGUUAUGUUAUCAUCCUUUUCCUCGAUUCGGGUACCUCUACAGUCUUUCAUCUCCCGGGCCUGAACCACCUUCCCCUUGCUCUUACACGAGAGCUCUUCGGGACAACGCCGUAUCUCAAGAAGUGGCUUCUCAAGCGGGGCGGCACAAUCUUAGACCAGAAUCAUGCCCAUAAUAGAUACCCGUUGGUCACUGCUGAUGACUGUUCUAAAUGCUUUGGACUCCAUGCUUACAUCGAUGAACAGGGGAAAGUGGCCGAAUUGCGGCAAGAACUGACCAACCCGGGAAAGAAAGACAAGAACCAUGCGGCGAAGAAGAACGCUCUGAAAAAGAUUGUCGCCAACAUGACGAUGAGCAACAACGAUAUGGUUGCACUGUUCCCCGACAUUAUAGCCUGUAUGCAGAUUCCAGUGCUCGAGAUCAAGAAAAUGUGCUUCCUUUACCUUCAGCACUACGCCCGCUUAAAGCCCGAUAUUGCGCUCCGAGCCUUGCCUGUCUUGCAGGAGGAUAUGCAAGAUUCAAACCCUUUGAUUCGUGCACUCGCAUUACGGACAUUGUCAUAUAUUCAUGUCCGAGAGUUCGUCGAGGGCACCAUCGAACCGUUGAAGAGGUUGAUGGUAGAUCAAGAUCCAUACGUGAGGAAGACGGCCGCGUUCACGGUCGCCAAAGUCUACGACCAUGAUAAACGUCUGAUUGAAGUGUCAGAUCUCAUUGAUAGGCUCAACAGGAUGCUGAAGGACGACAAUCCGACGGUGGUUGCAAGUGCACUCGCAUCGUUGCAAGAUAUCUGGGAGAGAAACGAAAACAUCAAAUUGACAAUCGACUAUGCGAGCGCGUCCAAGAUCGUCUCCAUUCUCCCGGACUGCAAUGAGUGGUCACAGACAUAUGUCCUUGAAGCUCUGACCUCCUACGUCCCUCAAGAUUCAGGAGAAGCACUUUUGUUGGCGGAGCGCAUAGCCUCCCGACUUGCGCAUUCCAACUCCGCCGUCGUGCUGACCUGCAUCCGCGUCAUGAUGUAUUUGAUGAACUACAUCUCGGAUCAAAGGAAGGUGGAGGAACUGUCGCGGAAGUUGUCGCCGCCACUGAUCACGCUUCUGUCCAAGCCACCGGAGAUUCAAUAUCUCGCUUUAAGAAAUGCCAUUCUAAUCCUGCAGCAGCGCCCCGAGGCUCUCCAGAACGACAUCCGGGUUUUUUUCUGCAAAUACAACGACCCCAUAUAUGUGAAAGUCACGAAACUCGAGCUGAUUUUCAUGCUGGCGAACAAGAGCAAUAUCGCGGUGGUGCUCAACGAGCUACGAGAAUAUGCGACCGAGAUCGACGUCCAAUUUGUGCGGAAAGCUGUCCGUGCGAUCGGAAAACUGGCGAUCAAGAUCGAGUCGGCAGCUCGGCAAUGCAUCGACACGCUCCUCGAGCUUGUGAAUGCGAAGAUUCCGUACAUCGUGCAAGAAGCGACUGUGGUCAUCAAGAACAUUUUCCGGAAAUAUCCCAACCAAUACGAAUCCAUCAUCUCCACCGUCAUCGGGCAGAUCGACGAGCUCGACGAGCCAGAAGCGAAAGCAGCCAUCAUCUGGAUCAUUGGAGAAUACGCAGAUCGGAUUGAUAAUGCCGAUGCCCUGCUUCAGGACUACCUCUCCACAUUUCACGAGGAGCCGAUCGAGGUCCAACUGGCCCUGUUGACCGCCACGGUCAAGCUCUUCCUGCACCGGCCCACUAAAGGCUCGUCCAUCGUGCCUGGAGUCCUCAAAUGGUGCACCGAAGAGACGGACGACCCAGACCUCCGCGAUCGAGGAUUCAUGUACUGGCGCCUCUUGUCCACCGACCCGGUGACGGCUAAGAAGGUUGUCAUGGGCCCCAAGCCACCUAUCACAGCGGAGAGCGAGAAGCUUGACCCCGUGACACUGGAAGAACUCUGUCUCGGCAUUGGCACGCUCGCGACCAUCUAUUUGAAGCCCGUGCAGCAGGUGUUCCGCGCCGCGCGGCCUCGUCGACUGCAAGACUCGCCUGCGCUGCAGCGCAAGAAAGAGGAUCUCAACCGUGCACUCGGGUCUCCUGGCAUGAACCUGGCGUAUCCGUCGCUGAUGAAUGCGGUCACGACGCCAGGUGGCACGCCGGUCGCAGGCCAUCAGUCUGCAAUCGAGGCAGCAGAUGAAUACUUCAAGAAUUUGAGCCUGAGCGACAACAGCGGUGGCGACAUUCUCACCAGUCCUACUGCGGGUGGCGUGGCUGGUAAUGCGUAUGUGGUCAGCCAGAGUGCGCCGCAGCAGAUUUACCAUCCUCAAGCAGGCGUGGCCGGCAAUGGAGACCUCUUAUUGUAG